AAUAUUAGACGGUAAAAUAUUUAAACAACACAAAUUAUUUAUAUCUUUAUAUUAAAAAAAUGCAUAAUGCCACGUUCAAUGUUAUAUGGAACUCUUUUUAAAGUUUGCAGACAGUUUCAUAAAAUGAGUAUUCCCGCAACAAAACCAUUCACUGUAUUCGUAGAAGGCAAUAUUGGCAGUGGUAAAACAACAUUCCUAGAACAUUUUAGACGAUUCGAAGAUAUCACGUUAUUGACGGAACCUGUUGAAGAAUGGCGAAAUCUUCGUGGAUGGAAUCUAUUGGACCUCAUGUACAAGGAUCCAGCAAAAUGGGCAAUGACUUUUCAAGCGUACGUCUCACUUACUAUGUUGGAAAUGCAUCGCAGAACGACUACUACGCCGGUGAAACUAAUGGAGCGCUCAAUAUACAGCGCUCGAUACUGCUUUGUAGAACACAUGAUGAAAUCAGGUGUCAUGCACCCUGCUCAGUUUGCAGUUCUUGAUGAAUGGUUCAGGUUUAUCCACCAACAGAUACCUAUUGAUGCAGAUCUUAUUGUGUACCUAAAAACAAGCCCCAGUGUUGUGUAUGAUAGGAUAAAGAAGAGAGCCCGCUCUGAGGAGCAGUGUGUCCCGCUGUCUUAUAUAGAAGAGUUGCACAAGCUGCAUGAAGACUGGUUGAUCAACAGGGUGCAUGCUGAGUGUCCCGCUCCUGUGCUUGUAAUAGAUGCAGAUCUGGAUUUAUCUCAAAUAACCGAGGAGUAUAAGAAAAGUGAACACAGAAUCCUGAGACAAGCGGUUGAUGUUGUGAUGAACUCACCAAACAAACUUAGCCCUAAGAAACCUAUCACAGGCUCUCCUAUAUCUAUUGUACCAAAGAUAAGACUUUAACACUUUGAUUUUAUAGAAAAUUAUCGUAAUUAAUUCUAAAAUAUAGUAAUGUCUAUUUUUGCACUGAGAUCUUAAAGAUUAGAAUGUUCUUCAUCACAAUUUAAAGACAUCAAAAAAGGAUUUUAAAAAUAGUAUAUAUGUAUUUUGUAGAUACUGAUUUAAA